CUUAGUCACUUAGCAUAGUAAAACUGGUGGGGGCGCCGUCACCUAUAUAAGCCAGCCGCCAGACACCGGUAACGUCAGAUCAACUCGGCACUCCGAGGCGAAAGCUAUACCUACUCGCAAAGACGACAAACGUGACUCGCAGUUUGCGGCAAAAGAGGAGACUAGACUUAUAAAAAACAUCGACAGAGUAAUUUUGUGAAGUGUACCUACUGUGUGUUGACGAAGCAUUUUCAAAAUGGCACCGCAUACCACUUAUACCGGAGGUUUGGAGUACGAGGAGCCUGUUUCGCGCACUUAUCAGUACCGCAAGGUCAUGAAGCCCAUGCUGGAGAGAAAGAGGAGAGCAAGGAUCAACCGCUGUCUCGACGAGCUUAAGGAUCUCAUGGUGACAGCUCUUCAAGCCGAGGGUGAAAAUGUCGCAAAGUUGGAGAAGGCUGACAUCUUGGAGUUAACUGUACGUCAUCUCCAUACUCUACGUGCUGCCAGAAGACUCACUCUCACGCCGGAAAGCAGUUACGCUGACAGAUUUCGCGAAGGUUUCACUCAGUGCGCCCAGGAGGUCUCCACGUUUCUCUCUACCCCUGUCGCCGCCUCCGUCCACCCAGCCGCUGGCGCUCAACUCAUGCGCCACCUGGGCGGUUGUCUGCGGAGGCUCGAAGGACCUACGACGCCUACGAACACCGCCUCGCCAACGUCGGUCGCCGCAACCGCCACUGUUGUUGCCGUUCCGCAAUACGUCUACACGCCACCCCAAAGCCCGAUCAGCGUUGCCAGCUCUUCUGGGGAAUCAGCGGAAUCGGCUGCAGCAUCUGUCUGGCGUCCAUGGUGAUCAUGACAAUUCCUUAAUGUCAACACGAUGACGGCGAUGGAGAUAUCGGCCGGCGCCACCUUCGGCGCUCGUAGCCACUACACGACGAAAUCCAUGUCUUCCAAUUGGCUCAUGUAGAUUGUUCGGCCACCCUUUUGGUCAAUUCGGCUGAGAUCGGCUGACAUCGGUCGACCGUCGACCUUACCCGAUUAUAUUUAUACAUAGGUGAUCAAGCUUUAAGUGAUGUCUGUGAUAGGGUUCUUGUACCUGAGAUGACUAUUUUCUCGUAAUGUUAUAUACUUGUUUACUUGUUAUGUUUAAGAACUCUUUAGUCAUACCGUUUGACAAUGGUACGAAAUCAAUAGCAAUUGCAAAUUUAAUAAAGACUUAUUUUAAAGAUA